AUGGCCAUCGCUGAUGCUGCUGCUGGCCCCACCUUAAUGCUACUGCUACUUGGCCUGAGCACGGCCAGGGCCAUGGACACCUGGCACCGCCUACCCUCCCUGGAAACCUUCGCCAGCUAUGAGGACAUGCAACGCUACUUUGAGCAGCGGAAUCUACGCAGCAUGCGGCACAUCGACAAUCCCACAGACGACAGCUACCUGGCGGCCUUCAAUCAGUACAACGAGCAGUCCGAGGAUCGGUCGCAGGGCCAUCACUCGCGCACCAAGCGGGAGGAGCGCAGGCUGCCCAGCGCACCGCGAAUGCUGCGCUUCGAGCUCUCAGACGCCGUCGAACCGAGUGACGAACUGAAGCUGCUUCUGCGGCAGCAUCAGGCCAGGGCUCUCAAGGAUGCACCCACCACAGAGAGUGCGCCGGCCAGCACCACCAAAGCCGCAAAGAGCCAGCGCCCGAAGCGGAAGCCACGGCGCCAGCGACGCUCCAUCAUUGGCCAGCAGCAGCCGGUGGACUUUAAGGCAAUGAUGAUUCCAUUCCAAGAGACCGAUGCCCGAGAGCCCGAUCCCUACACAGCGCAGUUGAUACGCGAGGCCAGGAUCCUGGAUCUGCAGAGUCAGGCCACCAGAACGGAGCCAAAGUUGGGCCCGAAGCACGGCUUCCAGGUGCGCAUACGCAAGACGAAGCGAUCGAAGCGAUCGGCCCCUGGCGCCUCCCCGCAGAUGUUCAAAUUCGAGCUGACCGACGCGAAGGCAGCUCUGCCCCAGUCCCUUCUGCCACAACGCGCUGGGAAGCAGCUGCAGCCCACGCCCACGCUCCUCACAAUGGAAACCCAACCGGAGAGGAGCAACACAACUCAGGGCCAGGCCCCCACGAAGGCCACUCCCCGGGCGGAGGACAAUGCGAUACACAACAGCGAGUCGACAGCGGAGACCAAGCGAAUGUACGUGUACAAGGAGGCGCCACAGAGCAGCGGCCAGGGCAAGGGCAAGAAGUCGCUGGGCGGACUGCCGCACGAGGUGCAGAAGGCGAUCAGCCAGCUCAUGAAGGAGGGACACGGCGGCAAGGCGUACAUCAAGUACCUGCCCGCCCAGAAGUCCGAGUACGAGCACUACAAGAUCAAGCCACUGUCCCCGCUCUCCGGCUACGGCCUCAAGCCCAGCUCCUACAUGAAGUACAUGCCGGGCGCAGGGCAGACGAAGCUGGUGGAAGCAUCGCCGGUUGCUGCGGCAGCCCAGGUUCCCGUCCAGGUGCACAUCCAGCCCGUGCCGGUGGUCGAGCAGCUGCGGUACAUCCACUACAAGCCAAACUACGCCCAGGUCUACGCUGCCCAACCGCCCAACAACAUGGCCCAGCAUCCGAUUGUGGUGCAGGAGGCAGCCGUGCCGCACACGUACACAGCGGAACUGGCAGCUGCAGCUACACCUGCUCCUGUGCCGCCGACCCAGUCGAUAGACGUGAUUGUGCCACAGUUUCGGCCCUCGAAGCCGGACCCACUGCAGGAGGAGUACCGUGCCCAGGAGCCCAUCUAUGGCAGGGCCCUGGAGCCGUACCAGUACGCGAUCCAGCACGAGCCAAGUCCCGCGGCCUCGCCGCUGAUCAAGAUCGAGUACCAUGCGCCGGCGGACAGCGUCAAGGAGCACUACAAGCAGCUGCCCGAGUUCCAGCAGCUGUCGACGCUCAUUGGCAAGUCGCCCGACGACCAGAUCCACGGACUCACCUACCUCCUGGCCAAGGAGAUGCAGGCCAAGCUGCAGCGCCAGGGCAAGCAGCUGGUGAUGGAUCGCCCCCAGGACAGCACGGCGCCCAUUCUCUUCCAUCCCGGCCAGGUGCAGGCCCCGGCUCCUGUGCCCACCCUCAAGACGCUGGCGGAUCUGGGUGGCUCCCUGGGCGUGCAUCAGGGCCGACUGAUUGGCAUGGCCAAGACGAAGCAGUACGUGCCGAUCAUCGAGUCGGCGGGCAACAACGAUGUCAAGGAGCAGCUGCCCGCCGUGCCCAGCAGCAUGGCUGCUGCCCCCCCCAAGCUGCCGACUCCCAGCUCCUUCAUUGACUACACCCCGGGCCAUGGACUGUCGCACGGGUACGAGGGCGUCAGGGACGAGGAGCGGCAGCAGCCCGUGACCACAGUGGAGCAUGUGGUGCAUCAUCCAACCAUCACGAACUAUCAUCAGCAGCAGCAGCAGCAGCAGCAGCAUCCGGAGCAGCAUCAUUACCAGGGUGCACAUCUGGCUGCCACCUCGCUUCCGGCUGAGCUGGAUGCAGAAAAGGGUGCGAACGGGUUGCACUUUGUGAGCAGUCAGGAGGAUAAGUCGAUGCAGCAGUACGCCUCGAAGUAUGCAUUCGGCUAUCGCAUACGUGACUUCCACACCGGCAACGAUUUUGGCCACAAGCAGAACCGGGAUUUCCAUGGCGUGACACGCGGCCAAUACCAUAUUCUUCUGCCCGACGGACGCAUCCAGAAUGUGAUUUACCAUGCCGACGAUACGGGAUUCCAUGCGGACGUCAGCUUCGAGGGCGGGACCAAGCACUGAGUCAGGAUUUGCAGUGGAGAGCGGAAAGCGGAGAGCGGCCUAAUGUGCAAUCUAUGUUCU